CCUUCCCACCAAAGGCUUUUUUUUUUUUCUCACAUUAAAUUGUUUAAUUUUUGGAAAAGCACCCUCCUCAGUGCUCACUGAUCAGUCACAAAUCCUCCAUUUUUCUUUGCUUUCAAGGGCUUCCUCUGAAAAAUCAAAAACCAAAGAUGCUUCCCUCACGCCCCCCAGCACUACUUCCACCGCCACCCCAUAGGCGCUACAAUUCCAGCCCUCUCAACCAAAUUGUUGUAUCAAAGCAAGCUUUGAACUUGAAUCAACAGCUUCCGGUGACUCCGGCGACUAACUUCACCGCGGGCAAACCAAGGAACUCCACCCUACUCCAGAGGCCACGCCGGACUAACCCCUUAGUCUGGUGCUACGCUAUCAUUUGUUUCGUCUUCAGCUUUCUUCUCAUCGUUGCUGGAAUAUCCAUCUUGGUCAUCUUCCUCGCCAUCAAACCCAGGUACCCAUUACUCGAAACCACCAGUGCGAUCCUCAAUAGUGUUUACUUGGAUUCCCCUGACUUUGUAAACGGUGAUUUCACAUUUCUCGCUAACUUCUCCAAUCCGAAUCGCAAGAUUGAUGUGAGGUUUGAGUACUUGGAAAUCGAGCUUUACUUCUUCGACAGGCUUAUUGCAACUCAAGCCCUCCAAGCCUUCUCCUUGAGACGUGGAGAAGUGAGGUUGGAUUCUGUUCAUAUGUUAACAAGCGAAGCUUAUUUACCCCCUAAUCUGGCAUUGGAGCUCAGAAAGCAGUUGCAGAGUAAUCGGGUUCUGUAUAAUAUAAGGGGAACAUUUAGGGUGAGAAUCAGUAUGGGCUUGACCCAUUUCUCUUAUUGGCUCUAUGGGAGAUGCCAGGUUGAGAUGACUGGUCCACCAUAUGGUGUCCUGGUUGCUCGAAGUUGCAGUACCAAGAGGUGAAGAUCCAAUUUUUUUUUUUUCUAUAAUUUUUUUUUCUCUAUCUUUGCUCUGUUUUUAAAGCAGCAAGCCCUGUUUGAUUUCGUUGUAUGAGCUAUAAAGAUGGAAUUGGAGUCGAAUUCAGUACUGAUUAUAGUGAA